ACCUACCGACGUUCACAAAAUUUCUGUUGCUUGUUUUGCUGUACACUAAAACGCUUAAGAAAUGUGUCUCAAAGUUCUCGUUACAUUACUUUUACUUGGAGUUGUUAGCUGUUACGGAGACUAUCCACCACAGCCACCGCCAAUAGUUGACAUCCGUGGAUUGGGCCAGGUUGUUGGCUCGAUAGGCCAAACCGCUUGGACGGGUAGAACGAUCUACAAAUUUCAAGCCAUUCACUAUGCCUUGGCUCCGGUGGGAUAUUUGCGAUUUCAGCCUCCAGUCGGGAUCGGCCCUUGGUUUGGCAUUAAAGAUGCCACGCAGCCGGGGGUUCGCUGUCCGCAGAUCACCGAAAGCUACGUCAAUGUGGAUAACGAGGAUUGCCUGACUUUGUCGGUGUUCAGUAAUGACCUGUCCGCAUCCCGACCAGUAAUGGUAUUCAUCCACGGAGGAUUCUUCUACACAGGGGGUGCCGAUACGUUUCAACCGGACUAUCUACUGGAAUCCGACGUUGUGUUGGUGGUGAUUCAGUAUCGAUUGGGACCACUCGGGUUCCUGAGCACCAUGAGUGAGAGAAUUCCCGGUAACGCAGGCAUAUUGGAUGUGAUUGCAGCGCUAGAAUGGGUACAGCAGCACAUCUGGAACUUCGGUGGAGUCCGUUCGCUGGUGACGAUAUUCGGUCAAUCCGCUGGAGCAGCUACCAUUUCACUCUUGCUUCGCAGCCCAUUGGUUCAAACUCGUGAGAUUCCAUUGUUCCAUCGAGCGAUUAUGCAUUCCGGAUCGAUGUUCAAUCCGAGACAUCUUUCGGACGCUUCAAUGGAGGGAACAUGGGACAUUGCGAGGCGAAUGUGCCCUGAGGGAUACGAUCUAGAGCGGUGUUUCUGUGAGGCUCCGGUAGUAAGCCUUCUGUCGGCGUUUCUCGAUCAUCGAGCGGAAGCAAUUAGGGAUCGGGGGUUGGCGUUUGUCACUGCGUCCGACAUUGUGAUCGGCGGUCCUUCAGGCCUUUUCCCAUACCAUCCACUACAGUACCUCGGGGUCACAAAUCCAGGGAUUGCAGUGAUGGCUGGAACGGUGUCUCAGGAUGGUUUGUACUUGCUGAACGAGUUAUACCGCUUUCAACCGGAUCUACCGAGGACUAUGAACAACGAACAGGAUAUAAUGGAUUAUAUCCGAAUUCUGCACGAGAAAUUUGGUCCAACAAGCUUCAAUGGAGCACUGGAGUCGUACGCCUUCCAAAGGCAUAUUCUAAAACAGGAUACCGAAGAGCUUCGAUGGGACAGCCUUGUGACUCGGUUCACUGAUAUUUGCGCCACGAGUGGACUCAAAGCAGCAGUAUUGACGGACGUUCUGGCCUUGUAUCGAAUCAACCCAGGCAACAUUUACCUGUACAGCUUCGACUAUUCCAGUUCCUUAGCAAAAGAGAAGAAAAUGUUCGUGCCCUUUCCGUACAAAGGUGCAGUUCAACAUGAAGAUGACCUCCAGUACCUAUUUCCCUUGAAGAAGAUGAAUGCAGAUGACGUGAAAAUUGCCCAGUUGAUGGUACAACUGUGGACUACGUUUGCGAUUGAUGGAGUGCCCAGGGCCAAAGAGGUCCCAUCGUGGUUACCAAUGAAGACACUUAUUGGACCGUACCUGAAAAUUGACUCGAUUUGUGAGCAGAAGAUUGACUAUCGGGACGAGUUCACAGCAACGUCAAGGAAAUAUGCACCGGCCAAAGCUGAACUAUAGCUGUUACUGUAGGUUUGAUGGGAUGAAUCAAAGAAACAUUUUAUUACUGACAAUAAUCAUUUAUACCUACUACUAUGUGUUUGAAACUAAAAAAAACUGCUGUGGACAAUG